AUGGCUGAUCCAUUAUCAAUCUCGGCAAGUAUUGCCGGGGUUGUUACAUUGGUUGAUGUUGUCUUCAUCCGUUUGAUGAAAUAUGUUAGAUCCGCAAAGAAUGCUGUCAAAGAGACUGAAGCUCUUGCGAGGGAGAUUAACAUGUUGGGUGGCGCUUUAAAUAGCCUAUCUAGAUUGGCGAGAAGCUUUGAUGAUGAGCCAUCUUCCAACAAAUUGUUUCGAAUGUAUCAUAUUGACGCGUGUAAUGAUAUAUUGAUGGAAAUCGAUAAGAAACUGAAGAAGCCUGAUGAUAACUCUCUUAAGAAGAAAGUCAUAUGGCCGCUCACUUCAAUACGGGUGAAAGAGAUGCUCGAUGACUUAUCCCGACACAAGCAAAGCGUCGAUCUCGCCCUAGCAGCCAAUUCAAUGGACCUCCUCUUACGCUCCUUAGCUCGGGAGCGGGACCUUCAGGCAACUUCAUUAGAAACCCUUAAUGAAAUUAAAAAAACUCGGGAAGUUACAAGUCGCAUCCGUCGAGACCAGGAGCGUGAAAAAAUACUGAGUUUUUUCCUCGAGUGUAAUCCACAGCAGAAUUACGAUAUGAGUCUUAAAUUACGACAUCCAAGAACAGGAUUAUGGCUACUACGGACACCACAGUUUCAGACUUGGCUCUCGGAGGAAAGUGGGAGGCUAUGGCUGACGGGAAUCCCCGGCGCGGGAAAGACAGUCCUUGCGGGCACUAUCAUUGAAGCCGCUCUAGCACAAUGCGACGACACCAUCGCAGCUGGGUUUUUCUUUUGUGACUACAAGGUCGAAAUGACCCACAUACCGACAAAUAUUCUCGGUGCAUUGGCUUACCAGAUAGCUAUCCAGAAAGAAGAAACAUAUGCAAUUCUAGAGCGAUACUUCACCGAUCUACAUCCCACUCGUGGCCUACCCCGCGAUCCCGAUAUGGUGAAACUAUAUGACCGUGUCUUCUUCGUGGUGGAUGGAAUUGAUGAAUGUGGGAAAUAUGUCGAGAAUGUCCUUGAGACACUUUGUUCCGUGUCCGAAGACUCUGAUAACAUUUCAAUGGCUCUGUUGAGCCACGAUUUUGUCUGCGAGCGAGUCGCAGCCCAUACGGAAGAUAUCACGGAAUACGUGACCGCGGAGAUUGAAGAGCGCAUACGAACUAAAAGGCUUCGCGUUGAUGAUCUCGAACUAAAGGGCGAGAUCGUGCAUGGCCUGAUAGACGGUGCCGCCGGGAUGUUCCGGUGGGUGGCCUGCCAACUAGAUCAUCUCCAAGAUUGCACGUCCGACAAAGAGUGUCGUGACGCUCUGAAGAAGCUACCUCCUACCCUUAACGACACGUAUUUGCGCAUAUUGGGGCGGAUUCCACCGAACAAAAUGAAGAUCGUUGAACUCGCAUUAAACUUCAUCGCUUUUACAUGGCCAAGACUCAGCAUACAACGGCUUAGGGAGAUCUUAUCCAUCCCGGAGAACGGAAGAUUUCUGGAAACCAGCGGUAUCAUACGCGAAAGCGCAAUCCAAAGAUUAUGCAGCAGCUUCAUAAGGAAGUCAAAUGACGAAGACUACUUCGAGUUCGCGCACUUCUCCGUCCAGGAAUUCCUUCAGAAUGAUUCCUUGCUCGACGGCCAGUUCAAGCAAUUCCUGGUUUCGGAAUCGCGUUGUAAUGUGCUCAUGGCAAUUCACUGCCUGAACUAUCUACAACUCAAAAAUUUUGAUCAUCACCUCGUCGCUGCAUGGAGGGAGAUAGAUUACAUGAAUGAUAGGAACAUUAAACACCCAUUAUACCAAUAUGCUACUUAUUAUUGGCCCAUAUACGCAAGAUAUGAGUGGUCCAACGAAGAAUUAUUUGAAUCUGCAAUUGAGUUAUUCGACCAUAGAAAGACAAAUACGUUCAUUUCGUGGAUCGUCCAAUUCUUAGUAGAGUGCGAGGGUUAUCAAUAUGACUAUGAAAAUAACUACACAACAAUCGAAAAGAUUCUCAGCCCGGAGUUCACUACACUGCAUGUAGCAUGUUCACUAGUACUUCCGGCUGUUUGUUCUGUUUUACUAGAACGCAACAUGGACACGGCAAAACAAAGUCCUUUUGGAACACCGGUUCAGUGCGCAAUACACCCAUUUACCUUAUUCAGAGACACUUGUGAUUAUGAGACCUCGGAUUUUUACAGGCAUCUUAUGCCAUGUUUCGGAACAGGACGAUCCACUGAAUGCGCGACACAAACCAUUGAAUAUAGUGGUGAUUUUUCCGUGAUCACAUUAUUAUUAUCUCAGGGCGCUCCCUUGGACGAGCGUGAUGUAGGGGUUUUGUCAUCGGGUGACAAUCGUGAAAACCUAAGUCAUCUAGUGCACGGAAGGCAAAGUUUCAAGAGAUUUAUGCAGGUUUUAAACUUGAUGAUAGAUCAAUCUCAUUUCCAUCGAAAAGUCUAUUUGCUGUGGUGGGAAGUGGCGGUUCGUCAUCGUUCGAGCUUUGUGCUUGAUCCAGAUUUCGUCAACCCAAAAAUUUCUCUUUCCUCCGAUGUACAAGAACAACGCCUUAUUUCCGCCGUUCGGGUGGGCGAUAUGAAUAUGUUUGCGCAGAUACAAAAUGUCUCCUGUUUCAGUCUACCUGAUAUUUUGGAUCCCGGUGGCAAACGGCUACUACAUAUGGCCUUAGAAGACUGCGCAAAUAUUGAUAAAUGUCUGGCAAUAGUUAACUUACUUCUUAAGGAAGGCUGUUCUUUAUUUGAUACUGACAAAAAUGGACAUUUGCCUAUACAUUCUUGGUUCCUCCGGUAUAAUUUGAAGGAUAAUAACUACGAUUAUGAGCCUUUGGCGAAGUUUCUGAUCGACAAUGGAAUGACGGCUACCUUCCAAGGUUCCAAUGGCCGAAAUUUGUUACACUCGAAAUUCCUGAGCUCUCAAUGUCUAUCAGCCUUUUUACGGUGUGAAGAGAAAUCAAACGUCGAAUAUGCACUGCGCAUGGUAGAUAACGAGGGAUACACGCCAUUGUCUAGAGCAUUAAAGGAGCACUGGGGAACGUCGGCAUCUAUACUCUUCGAAUGGGGGGAGAAGGACCCGGAAACGUGGCAAAGCCCAAUCCCAACGCUCCUACUAGCUGUCGAUGCAACUUGUGAAGACGUAUUUCGAGGAAUUUAUAACGCAGGGGCAGCCUUAGAAACGACUGGCAAUGGAUACUUGACACCACUUCAUUAUGUCUCCCCUGAUAAUUCUCUCGAAUUCGUUAAUUACCUCAAAUCGCUAUAUCCCAAUGCGUGCAAUAUCCGCAUAGACGGAAAACUCCCCAUAGAUACAUGUUUAGAGAAGUUAUCUGAAGGGAGUUACGGGUUUCAACGGUUUCGACAUAAGGAAGUUAUCAAAACCCUCUACCCAGUCAGAUUACAAGACGACGAGAAAGGGCGGAUAUGGGAACAGUUUACGAAGCUACUAAACCUUAAAACAAUGUUUCAGCUUUACUUGAAUGAAGUAGUGAUGGAACUUAUUCGGCUAGGAUGCUUGAAGUCAUAUGAAUCCUCUUUUCAAAAACCAGCACUUCUUUCAUUACUAAAAUUCGACGAAGGGAAACUCCAGGGCCUUCGUGAUAUUUGGCUGACGUCAAACACCAUUUGCGGUAUCGUAUAUUAUACGAACCAAUGGACCAAAAUUCAGUCCUCGCCAUUGAUCGUGCGGCUACUAAAGGCGGCUGUUGUUUCCGAAGAUACUAAUUUAAUAAAGCUUCUCCUUGGCAAGGGCGUUGAUGUCCAUCGUAUAGUAGAGGGGAUGUCAGCCUUGGAAAUAAGCUGCCAAUCAACAUUAGAAAUGUUUCAACUUCUCCUAGACUACGUAGAUGGGGGACGCUUAGACGACGUCAGCCCAACUCCUCCAGGAUUAGGGCUUCUGCACCGUCUUGCUAUCCCUAACGGGGCUGAAAAGGUCACCACACUAUUGCGAAGAGGUGCAAACCCCAAUCUUCGCCUUGGGGCUUUCCCAGGCCUGCCAGCCAUAACGUAUCAUUUAAAGAAGUCCCGGUUCUCUUCCUCUAUUACUUUGCUGGAACAUGGCGCCGACCCGACAAAACUCGACGAAUGGGGUUUCGACGCGUGCCUCAUGGCCGCGUGGAAAGGCGCUGUAGCUUUUCUUAAAACGGUUUUUGAAACAGAAACGACGUCGUGGCGAUCAAGAUGGAAAAGACGUGCCGACUUCAGGGUUCGUAUAGGAUCGUCAAAUGUCACUAUUUUAGGAUGCAGCGCUCUACAUUUCGCUUCAUUUUCAGGGAACAUUGACUGUUUGAAGUUUUACAUCGACCGCAACAUCCUCUCUGAUGUCAACAUAACUUCUGCCAACAUGUUCACUCCUCUACAUUGCGCUGCAUUGGUCGGAAAUAUUGACGUAAUCAAAUUUCUGCUUGAGAGAGGAGCGAACAUUAACGCCAAAACAGACUACGGUCAAUUAUCGUUACAUCAUGCGGCCAUGAACAGGCAACUUAGCGCUGUUGAAGUACUGAUAGAAUCCGGCAGCCAAAUGGCGAUAGAUAGUUCGGGUAUGAGUCCUUAUCUGUACGCCCUUCAGCUUGGAAACCAGGCUAUCAUUGACUGUUUCCGCGACGAGGAGAAUCAAAUUAGUUCCGGGUUCAAUAGCCGCAAUUGGGGGGGCACUAGGACUCUUUCCAAUAGACAACAGAAAGGGCACGCCAUAGCAUUGGAAAAUGCCGUCGUACACGGUGAUGCUAACCUCUGCGAAAAGUUAUAUCGAGGGGGAUGCCACCUAGACGCCGAUCUUUCCAGUUGCAAUGGAUGCUCCCCUUUACUUCUAGCUAUCCGAUGCCAAAAACCUGAUGUUAUCAAAUGGCUACUUGCGAACGGAGCGUCAACCUUAAAGCCGAAAUGCAAAGAGUGCGGAGACGGCGGCCCUCUCGACGGAUUAUUAAAACACACUGCCCUGAACGACGUUCUGGGGAUUGUCUUGGAGAAAUACUUGAGUGAUGGGGGCAGCUUAAUGGGCGAGACGUUUAACCCAGUAAUUGAGGCAGUCAAGAAUAACAAUAUUGGGGGGCUAAUAAUUUUAUUUGGGCAUAUAGAGCAGAACGCCUGGCAUUACGCAAAUAAGGCGGGAUGUCAAUGGACGAAAAUAGUCUCAAUACUCAGCAACCGGCCCUGGAAUAUGGAGAAUCAGAGAGGCUCGCCGUCGCUGCAUUUAGCGGUGGAAUACGGGUAUGUUGAAAUGAUUGAAUGUCUUAUCGAGGAUAAUGCGCAUUUAAAUGCUAGUGAUUACAGUUUACAAACGCCAUUGCACAUAGCCGCAUAUUCAGAUGGAACCGAAGCACAGAAAAUAAUCGAGAUUUUGAUACGCCACGGGGCUGAACUAGAAUUGAGAGAUGAUUGGGGAUGGACACCGUUAAUGAGAGCCACCUUUAACGGCCGUCAAGACAUAUUCGAAACUCUAUUAAACGCAGGCGCCGACCCGCAUACCGUAGAUUACGAAUCGACAAGUGUGGCUCAUAUAUCGGCCCAAUAUGCUCCUGGAUCUGUGGGAAUACUCGCUAGCCUCAUAAGUUGUGGGAUCAACAUUCAUAAUAAGGAUACUAGUGGGCGUUCGAUUCUCCAGCUUGCUAUGUGCCACAAUCAAUUUAUGACGCUCGUCCUAAACGGUAAUUACAACGUCCAAGAAGCGGCACCAUUUUCUUGGAGCACAUCCCAAGCCUUAACGGUCCCGUCGUGGCUCACAGAUACAUUUAAAAGGGUUCGAAGGCGAAUCUCCUCCGAUGAUCUGCGGAGGAUUGCGAAUACUGAACCUGAAGGUUCCUGGAGUCCUCUGUGCAUUGCUGCAUCUCUGGGAAAGUUCAAAAUGAUGGAAAAUCUUAUUGUUCUCGAUGCAGAUUUAGAAUUCGAGGGCUGUCCAGAUGGAACCGCUCUUAUGGUUGCAUGUCGUAGCGGAAGACUAGAAUCGGUCAUCUUCUUAGUACGUCGUGGAGCCGCUCUAUCGUACCAUAGCCCUAAAGGGUUUCGAACCGCGUUCGACAAAAGAAAAACCUCAAAGCGUAUUCUCGAGUGGCUCCUAGUCACUAGGUUCACCGGCCAGCCUAAGAUCAAGGAGACCCCACAUGGAAAUACGUCAAUAGAAUCACUCGUACCGCAUCCUUGGAGUGGUAUUAUGAAGGCUGAAUUGGUCAUCAGUGGGGAUCUUGAGAGGCGCUCUGACCAGUCAUCAAAAGAUUAUUGGGUAUACUUGAUGGAAGAGAAAAAGAAAUGGAGAGGGAAGGUUGUUCCGGCCGCUGAUAAGCGCAGGACGAUUCGCCCAUUGAAGUUAAUUCCGAAAGAGCGUGUUCGUAUACACCCAGAUGGCUAUGAAGUUCCUAGAACAGCAGACUCUCUCAAUACCACACACAGAUGGAAUUCCUGGAGCAUAGCGCCUUUCAUCAAUCUGGGUUAG